AAAGCAGGUUCUAUGCAUCAGUUGCUACCAGCGGUACUGACUUGAAUAACGUGUCACUUUAAUGCGUUUCAACUCCUCCCUUUGUUCUAAAGACCGCCCACAUUUUUUCCCCAAGUUGUUUAUAAACCUUCCUGCUGCUCCGAUAUCACACUUGUUUUCUUUUGCCAGACCUGCCGAAGUCAGUUCACCGAGGGAGCAGGGGUCAAGUGAGCAGCAACAUGGAUCAGACCGAGUUCCAGGUACCGCAGACUCUGGAAGAUCUGAUCAAACAACUCCAUGAAAUAUUCUCCAGUGACAAAAUCAACGUGGAAGAGGUGCAGACUCUGAUGGAAUCUUACACAAGUAACCCCGCAGACUGGCGUAAAUUCGCAAAGUUCGACAAAUACAGAUAUACUCGAAACCUGGUGGAUAAGGGAAAUGGAAAGUUUAACCUGAUGAUCCUGUGCUGGGGAGAAGGCCAUGGCAGCAGUAUCCAUGACCACUCGGAUUCACAUUGCUUCCUGAAGCUACUUCAAGGACAGCUGAAGGAAACACAGUUUGAUUUCCCAGACAGUAAUCGAAAGAACCGAGAACUGAGCAAGAAAUGGGAGAAAAACUUUCAUGAAAAUCAGUGUACCUACAUCAAUGACAGCAUUGGGCUACACCGCGUGGAAAAUGUGAGUCACACAGAGACUGCAGUCAGCCUGCACCUGUACAGUCCACCAUUUGACAGCUGCCAUUGCUACGAUGAAAGAACAGGCUACAAGAACAAAGUCAAAAUGACUUUCUGGAGCAGAUUUGGUGAAAGAACUCCUUUAGAAACUUCAGAAUCAAAAGAAAACAACUGAAGCAAAUGGACCAAGAAAAGUUGGGACACAAAAUGCCAUCUCUUACAAUUGUGGAUAAAGUCAUAAGAAUAUCUUGUUUAUGAUUUGUCUGUCCAGUGUGGACUUACUUUCUUUAAAUGAAUGUCUGACCUCUAGGUUCUAUUUCUGAAUGAUUUGUAUGCACAACAGUUUCAAGUACUUACUGUAUUUUGACCUUAACCAACUUUCUUUACCUUAGAUCUUUUAACUUUACCCUUAAGGGAUCUUUCCAGUUGUGUUCAUAAUUGGAGUAUUCAUCACUGGCUAAUGGAGUCACUUUGCAAGUGGAAAGCUAAAGGAUUAGAAUUGUAAUCCAGAAGUCUUUUUUCCCACUAUUUGCUUGGUUCAAGUAACCAAACAGGCAAGAUUCUCUCCAAUAUCAUGUGGACCACGUGCCUUUCUGGAACCCGCCCCCCCCCCCCCCCGCCCCCCCCCCUCGCCCCCAUCAACCAACCAGGGCUUCACAAUAGUUAUUUCUCAUUUCAGACACUGGAUUUGAAAUUAUCUGUGAUGUUAACAAAUGAGCACUUUCUUUGUUAAUGCAUAGAACCAUAGAACAUAGAAUAUUACAGCACAGAAAACAGGCCAUUCGGCCUUUCUAGUCUGUGCCGAAACUUUAUUCCACUAGUCCCAUUGACCUGCACCCAGUCCGUAACCCUCCAGACCUCUCCCAUCCAUGUAUCUAUCCAAUUUAUUCUUAAACCUUAAGAGCGAGCCCUCAUUUACCACGUCAGACGGAAUCCAGUGUGAGAAAAAUAAAAUCAUAUAAUCACAGAGUUGUAAAGCACAGCAGUGGCCCUUUGGCCCACCUCAUCCAUGCUAACCCUUUUGCCCUUCUACACUAAUCCCACUUGUUCCAUGCAUCAUUAGGAUCCAAUAAUACUUCCCUCCAACUCCUAACUGAGGCAAGGACACCGAGAUCUUCAGCCAAUUCAAGUUUUUCUCCAACCCAAAAGGGUUAUGAACGUACAAAUUAUUUGUAAAAUAAUUCAGUGUUACUUUCUAAAUGCUUGAUCUCCUUGUUUUCUAAAGUUCGUUUCUACACCCAUCUGAAUGUAAGUUGCACUGAUAUAUUUCCAAAGUAUUAUUUCAGCAGAGCUAACAACCCAUUUAAAAUGAUCAGGCUAACACCUCAAUAAAAAGUAUGGACAAAGCUGUGUUAGAAUAGUAAAUCAAGUAUUUACUCACUAAUAUCACCAACUAUUUCUAGACUGUUCUGAUGACCCAUCAUAAAAAGCUUCCAGAACUCUUCUCAGAAUGGCAUUGCUAAAAGUGAACAAUAAAGUUUAUACCUCUUU